UAUCUUAAAGUAAUAUAAACUAUAAUCCACUACUCUUCUUCUUUGUCACAGUUGACUCCUCCCAUGUCUUGAAUUUGAUCCCAAAACUAGAAAACUUUCUUCUAGCUACUUUAUAAAUUAGAAUAAAUCAAAUCCUUACUAUAGCCACCAAAGGAUCCGUCUCUUUUUUUUAUGCUGUACCUUCUUAAUUUUCCCCAGAUUCCUUAGUUUGAGGUAGCAUUUGAAAGCUGCAUGUGAAGUCGGUUGAAAUUCCAUAAUCAUAUUCAAGCAAAGCAAAAGCUUGUGUUAUUUUCAUACAACUCUCAAAUGGAUUAUGAACCUCCAUUCCUCGAGACCUACAAGACCCUUGUUCUAAACCACCUUGAUGAUUCAAAGAAUGAGUACUCCUCUUUGGUGGAGAGAUCAUGUGAACUACCAGUGAUCGAUCUUGGCCAGUUCAAUGGCGAGAGAGACAAAUGCAUGAAAGAAAUUGCAGAAGCUGCUAGUAAAUGGGGUUUUUUCCAAGUCGUUAAUCAUGGGAUUUCACAGGAGCUGCUGAAAAGCCUUGAAUUUGAACAAAAGAAAUUGUUCUAUCAACCUUUUUUGAAUAAGUCUGAAAAAUUUAAUUUUUCUAGUUUAUCUGCCAAAACUUACAGGUGGGGGAAUCCAUAUGCUACCAAUCUGAGACAAUUGUCAUGGUCAGAAGCCUUUCAUUUUUAUGCCUCAGAUAUCUCAUGGAUGGACCAACACCAAAGUCUGAGAUCAAGCCUUGAAUCUUUUGCAACAAGAAUGUUCCCCCUUGCUGAAAGCUUGGCAGAAGUACUAGCCUACAAAUUGAAUACGAAAUCCAACUAUUUCCGUGAAAAUUGCUUGCCAAAGAGUUCGUACAUUCGACUGAAUAGAUAUCCUCCAUGCCCUAUAUCGUCAAAGGUGCAUGGCCUGUUGCCUCACAGUGAUACAAGUUUUCUUACCAUCGUACAUCAGGACCAGGUUGGGGGAUUGCAAUUGAUGAAAGAUGGAAAAUGGGUUGGUGUCAAACCUAACCCACAAGCUCUAGUUGUUAAUAUUGGUGACUUCUUUCAGGCAUUCAGCAAUGGUGUUUAUAAAAGCAUAAAACACCGAGUGGUUGCUGCCGAGAAAGUAGAGAGGUUUUCUAUGGCUUUUUUUUAUUGCCCCUCCGAAGAUGCACUUAUAGAAAGCCACAUCAAGCCAGCUACGUACAGGAAAUUCACUUCGAGGGAGUUUAGACAACAGACUGAGAAAGAUGUCAAGCAAACAGGGGAUAAAGAGGGGCUCUCUAGAUUUCUUCUGUAGAAGUAUAUAUAUACCUAUAUCUGUGUAAACUUAAAGUAAUCAUAUCUGUCUUAUUUUGUAACAUUUUCUUUUGUGUGUACUCUUGUUUUGUAACAUAGCUCAUGAGUUUUUGAGUUAAAUAAAUUAAUAUUUUAAA